AUGGGCUGUUUGUCAAAAGGAUUUAGUAGAAUUCAAAUAGGUCUCGAUAAAAUUUUUAAUGCUUCAAUAGAGCUUCUUAAAAAUUUUACAGUUUCAAGAAAAGAAAAUACACAGAGUCCACAUUUAAAUGAAAUAGUAGACACCAUUUAUUCAUUAUAUGGCUUGGUUAGUGCUUCAAGUCGUUCAAAUAAUUUACAAAUGGUAUUAAGUCUCUUAAACAGAGUUAAUACUCCAAAAUCUUUUGAAGUCAAAAAGUUUUUGGUUAAUUUAAUUCCAUCUUUUGAAUUUAAAGAUUUGGUUAUGGUAUUAGAAUACUUCAAUUCAAGCCAUAAAAUGCUAAUUUCAUGUGGUAACUCUAAUAGUCCCAUUGAUUCCCAAUCCAUUCAAUUAUUCUUUUCUAAUUUAUUUGUAGUUGUCCAAAGAAUUCAAAGUUGUGGUUAUAAAAAUGAAGAAUUGGAUAUAAUAUCAAAACUAGUUCAAGAUUCUAUCAAUUUCUCUGGAAUUCUAUGUUAUAUUAUUACACUUGGUUUUUUUGCAAAGAUGCUCUCUGAUGUUACAAAUUUUGAUAACAAAAAAGAUAGAACACUCAAACUCAAUUCUAUUAAAUGGUGUUUAUUCUUCCUCAAAAAAUCAAACCCAAAUUCAAAAUUGGAUAUUAUUAUUUCCGAAUUAGAAAAAUUGAUUAAUAAAUCCAAUACAUAG